AUGCACGUGCGAGGUGCUGGCCUCAUAGGAUGUGCUGCUGCAUAUGGGAUGUACCUGAGCCUUCGCAACUUAAGCCCGACCAGCAACAUGCAGCAGGUCCGCGAAUGUCUGGAGCAUGCUUCGCAGCAGCUACGGGCGACGCGUCCAACCGCCGUAAAUCUUCGUGUUGGCGUUGAAAAAAUCCUGCAAGCCGUCGAGACUGCACUGGGACAGAGCGAGGGUGAUGGUGGUCAACAGGCUGCGGAAGAGGCUGCUCGCCAAGAAGCUGUCCGAAUCACAGAUGAUGCAGAAUUUUGCCGCCGCAUCGGUGAAGCGGGUGCUGAGAUCCUUCAGCAGCUCUAUGAGAGGUUGUUUGGCUGUGCUGAUUUCAGCAUGCCAUUGCGCAUGUCGGUGCUUACGCACUGCAAUGCUGGCUGGUUGGCGUUUGCGUCCGGAUUGCAGAUUGGGGUGCGGUUUGUGGCACAGGUUGAUGAGACCCGACCUCGGUUCACGUCCAUAAGCUGUCUCGAGCUGCAGGGCAAGCAUGGAGUUGCGCACACGGUCAUUGCAGAUAACACAGGUGGUCAUCUCAUGAGGACUGGCUUGGUUGAUGUGGUUAUCACUGGAGCAGAUCGAGUUUCCAGCUGCGGUGACGCCUGUAACAAAAUCGGCACCUACUUGAAGGCUCUGGCAGCUAGGGACAACAAUCUACCGUUUUAUGUUGCACUUCCGUCCAGCACCAUUGACUGGCGUCUCAAAGAUGGUGCCGACAUUCCAAUUGAACAACGUGGCGAUGAUGAAGUAAAGUACGCGGAGGGCUUGUGCGAAGACGGCAAGCGCCGCAAAGUUCUUCUGACUCCGCAGAGCAGUGCUGCUGGCAACUGGGCGUUUGAUGUGACACCAUCCCGCCUGGUUACGGGACUGCUGACGGAGCGGGGGCUGGCAGAAGCUUCUGAGAAAGGGCUCGCUGCUCUCUUCCCAGAGGCCUUGCCAUUGGAGUCAUGUUUUGGGUGUUGUUCGACACCUCUUGAGCUUGGUCAGGCUGACAGGACUUGA